AUGUCUUUGUCUUCGUACCCAUGUCACCGUUGUAAAGUUUAUUUUAGUUCCGAAGAUGCUUCAGUGUAUCACCAUCGGCAUAGUCAUCCAAGCGAACCAGAUCCAAUCAAACUCGAUCAAUCACAUCCGCCGUUGACCGAAACAUCACAUCGCGAUGCCCGCGAAUACGUGUGCGACGUGUGCCACGAAGCAUUUACGCUUCAGAGCCUACUGACGAACCACCAAAAACUGUCUCACCCAGAGCCGUUAAUCCACGAGUGCAACGUGUGCCACAAAUUAUUUUCAAGCCAAACAGAUUUGAUAAAGCACAAAGUAGGACCUUGCUGCAAAGGAAAUAAAGUCGAGUGCGACAUGUGCCAAAAAGUAUUUUUAAGACCACCAGAUUUGAUAACCCACAAACAAAAAUGGCACAACGAACGAAUCAAGUACGAGUGCGAUGUGUGCCACAGAGAAUUUAUAUCUCAGAGCCGAUUGUUGGGCCACCAAAGAUUUUACAAAGGAAGGAAGGUUCACGAGUACAAAGUGCAGGACAAAGAAUUUAUGAAAAGAUAUUUUAUGACGAAACACUACAACAGCAGUAAACACAGAGUUUGGAAGAGACUGUCCUCGUGA